AUGAGCGGAUUCGGCACCACGGGCGUUCGACCCAGCAACGACGUCCACAUAGAGGAUCGCCUGAUCACGGCAUCUUUAAUUCUUGCCUGUCUCUCGCUUGCCGGCAGCCACAGCCGGCUGCUCCCCAGCGCGGCGGCUAUAGUGGACGAGGCCGUGGUGGUUCAGAUAGUGGCGGUUAUCGCUCUUCGUCCCAUUCCGACUCCUACGGAUAUGGCCAACCCUCUACAUACGGGCAACAGCCGCCCCCAUGGAGGAACCUACUCCCCAGCGAAGAAGACCAACGAGAAGACAAAUGCCACCCGCAACACUAAGAAUGCUGUCGGGUGCAGAGUCCUCAGGGGAAGCCAGCAAGCCUUUACCCUUCGCACCAGCCACGUUCCUCAACGACCGAAGCCCACGAGCGCUGAGCUCCGAGCCAUGCGACGCCGUGCUCUGGCUACCCGCGCCGCUUCUCCCUCUACUCUCGGCAAGUGGAAGCGGGCCGUGGACGAUGUGUCCGGGAACCAUGAACAUCAAUCUACCGAUGAAGUUGCGAGUCCCGAGAGCAGCAAGACUGAGGACCCCGAGGGCAAUAAGACCGAGACUCCUGCCACCACUCCCGUUGGCGCCGCUCAAACAUACAUAUCCGGCAUGACUGUUGCCUUCGGCAAAUACGACGAAGGCGCCGACGCGGACGGCCCCGACAACGGAGAUCCCAACGAUGCAGUGACACCCCCAAUAAUGAAGAGCUGGACUGAGGUUCUCGGCAUGGAUAUGCCCCAAGUCCUUGUCGCAAAUAUCCCGAAGAUCAUGAAAGACGCUCGUGGAAAAGACCACGAGAACGACUACUGGCAGAUGCUAGACGAGUUUUUCGCUUUCAUGACCAGCCACCUACGCCGGUCUGUCCCAAACGUAGCACCAACGUGCCGGGGCUACCAGGUUGAGGAUCGCGGCCUAAGUACAACACAUGACCACGUCGACAUUCCCGAUUUCGCUACUUUCCACGACGCCCUUGCACAAGACCACCCUUUCCGGAGGCUCUACACGGCCCAUUCAUACUUCGCCGUCAUCGCCUACGACUGGGUGCGACUCAUGGCCGAGGCCGGCGCGAUUGAGACGGCGGUGGCUUCCGUGGGCCAGUAUCGGCCCAUUAUCCGGAACAUCGCCCAGAACGGGCCCCUCAACCAGAACGUUCCCACCGAGACCGAGUAUCUCGCAGUCAACGAGUGGUCCCGACGUCUGGAGGUCGAGCGCAUCAAGGCGAGACACGGCUUCAAUCAGCCACAGUUAGCCGAUUACCCCGAGGACGCUGCAUCCCAGCGCGCCCUUGUAGAAAAACUACAGGCCGCUGCGGUGAACGAGGCAGACAUUAUUGAUAGGUUACAAUAUGCGAACGGGAGGAUCAACCCGGUUAUUAAGGAAAAGAGAGAGAUGUGGUCUAUGUCCCUGAGCAUGUUUGGCUGGUCUGCGAUGCGAACAAUGCGAGACAUGCAGCUGGGAAUUCCAGGAGAUGGCAUCUCGAUCUUCACCACGGACUUUGUCUACCACAAGUACGACUCGUUCAUGGGACGUUUUAAGGACGUCAAGCAGUUAUUUCGUAACUGCAAGACGGCGGUCACCAAUACGCAGGACGCCCCCAUACAGGUCCGUAAUGCUGCAAAUCCUGUUGAGGAGCUGAAGAGGAAACAAACAAACAAGAACACCAAUGCUACAAGGAACCUCGAACAAGCUGCCGGUCGAAGGGCUUUGAGGGGCCAAUCGAACCAAAACCAGCAGCCCCCCGCAGCUGACGGAGAGAUGCCUCCACAGCCGAGCAAGGUCCAACUGCGAGCCAUGCAUCGCGAAGCGUUGGCCAGUCGUCCACUCCCACCUUCCUAUCUGGGAAAACAGAAGCCUGCCGUGGACGAUGUAGAGGGCUCAAAGGAGGAUGACGAUGUGCCUAUAGUCAAGCGGGCGCUGACCGGAAGAGCCUUGUUAAUCAAGAGUUCCGCCGGCCCAGUCCUCGAUAAGGAGCCCUUCGACUACGGAGGUUCCGACGCCGACAACAACUCCAACGUCUAUAACGACAUGCAAGAUGACGGCCACCUGGAUCCCGACGUUGACCUGGACUCCGACGAUAAUCUAGGUUUCGACGACUGA